CCCAGGGGCGCACGCGGGGCGCAGCGGCGGUAGCGGAACGCCGGGGUUGGGCAGGGCCCGCUCUGUGUCCCUGCGUCCCUCUCCGUGUCCCUCCGUCCCUCUCCGUUCUUCUCCGUUCCCGGGGCUCCUGAGCGCGUUUCUUUUUUAGGUAAAAAAUGAAGGCCAGAAAAGGAGGGAGAUUCAGAUCUUCCUUUAAAUUGAAGCGAAAAGGCAUUGAAGUGGUGGGAGAAUGGAAAACCGUGCCGAUCGACCCCAAUCUGUUUGCUGAGGAGGAGUUUCGAGAUAUAGUGUGCCUGGAGGAACUGACAGAGUACAAGCUAGUCAGUUCUUCCAAAAUAGGGAAACUAAAAGAGAAGAAGAGAAAGGCUGAGAGUGCUUCUGAAGAAGGCAAUGAGGAGGUGGAAGAACCUGUUGUUCCUCCAAAAAAGAAAAAGAAAAACAAAGAUUUGAGGAACCAAACAGAUAAAGGCAAUAUUCCUAAUGCAGCAGAAAUUGAUGUGCUGGUUGACAAGGAGGCAAAGUGUAAUGAAAUAAUUGAAGAAGCUAAUUGUGAAGACCGUGGACAUGUGACUGAGAGCAUGUCAAGCAGAAGAGACACUCCAAAGAAGAAGAAAAAGAAGGUGCCUAAAAACAAGGAUUUUCAAGCACAGGAAGCCGUUCCAUCAGUAGCUACCUCUAAAAAAGUCAAAAACUGGACAACAGAAGUUUUAUCUGCCUCAGCUGAUCAAAAAGCUGAUGUGUCUGCAUGGAAAGACCUGUUUGUACCCGAGCCAGUGCUGCAGGCCUUGAGCUCCCUGGGGUUUAGUGCUCCAACUCCUAUCCAAGCCUUAGCCUUGCCUUCUGCCAUCCGGGAUAAUAUGGACGUUCUUGGUGCUGCAGAAACAGGAAGCGGCAAAACGCUUGCAUUUGCAAUUCCGAUGAUUCACUCUGUGCUGCAGUGGCAAAAAUCAAAUAACUCAACAACCAGAAAUGACAGUGUUUCUAAAGAGUCCCAUCAGCAUCAUGAUGAACCAAGAUGGGAAAAUGAGGAUGAAGCAGAAAAACGAACCCAUCAGCAGGCUGAAGAUAGCGGAGAUGAAGAUGAUGCAUCUUUCACAACAGGCUGUGUGAAGGUGCUGGAAAAUGUUGAAUUUGAUUCCAAUGACGAGACACUCACUGUUGGCUCCAAUAAAAACAGACCUCUUUUAGGACUGGUCCUUACUCCUACAAGAGAAUUAGCUGUACAAGUAAAGCACCACAUUGAUGCAGUUGCAAAGUUUACAGGCAUUAAGACUGCAAUCCUAGUAGGAGGCAUGGCUGCACAGAAGCAAGAACGUGUGCUGAAUCGAAAGCCAGAAAUUGUAAUUGCAACCCCAGGCCGGCUGUGGGAGUUAGUUAAAGAGAGACACCCACAUCUUUCAAAUCUUCGUCAGCUCAGGUGCCUUGUGAUUGAUGAAGCAGACCGAAUGGUUGAGAAAGGUCACUUCUUGGAGCUGUCUCAGUUGCUGGAAAUCUUAAAUGAUUCACAGUAUAACCCUCGACGACAGACUUUUGUUUUUUCUGCCACUUUGACUUUAGUCCAUCAGACUCCUGCAAGAGUUUUACAAAAAAAGAAUGCUAAAAAGAUGGACAAGAAGACCAAACUAGAAUUGUUAAUGGAAAAAGUAGGAAUAAAGGGCAAACCCAAAGUAAUAGACUUAACAAGGAAAGAGGCUACUGUUGAGACUCUGACAGAAACCAGAAUCCACUGUAACACCAAUGAGAAGGACUAUUAUCUCUAUUACUUUCUUCUUCAGUAUCCAGGAAGAACCAUGGUCUUUGCAAACAGCAUAGACUGUGUAAAACGCCUCAGUUCUCUCCUCACAAUCCUAAAUUGUGAUCCUCUUCCUUUGCACGCCAACAUGCACCAAAAGCAAAGGCUGAAAAACCUGGAAAGGUUUGCUGAGCGAGAGAGCUGUGUCCUCCUGACAACGGAUGUUGCAGCUCGUGGUCUUGAUAUUCCUAAUGUCCAGCAUGUCAUCCACUACCAGGUGCCUCGCACCUCGGAGCUCUACGUGCACCGGAGUGGCCGCACGGCCCGAGCCGCCCACGAGGGCCUCAGCCUGCUGCUCAUCGGCCCCGAGGACUUGAUCAACUUCCGGAAAAUCUAUAAAACACUGGACAAGAGUGAAGAGCUGCCAUUCUUCCCAGUUGAUGCCAAGUGCAUGACUUCUAUUAAGGAACGGAUGAACUUGGCAAGGCAGAUUGAGAAGGCAGAAUUUUUCAACAGUCGAGCAAAGCAGCACAACUCCUGGCUCCAGCAAGCUGCAGAGGCUCUUGAGAUGGAUCUUGAUGAUGACAUGUUGAUGGGCAAGUAGAAAAUGUUUUUCCAUGGAUAUGCUCAGUAGGGCCCAUGGUGCUGGUGUCCAGAAGAAGCCUCACCAUGGCAGAGAAGCUUCAAAAGCUGCAGGGCAGGAGUUGGGGGGAAUGAAAGGAGUGUUGUUGGUGCGUGGUGCUAGUGCUGUUUUCAGGAUGGUUGUGCAGCUGGAGCUGAGGAAGCAAGGUGUGACUGUUCUGGCAAGUUGCAGACAAGUCUGCAUGUUGUAGAAUUGGUGAGCUUCUGGCAAACAUUUCAGAGUAAUCUAAGCAGCCCAGUAUGUCCUGAUUUGAGUCUUGUCCCCUCUUGUCAUAGAGAAGGCUAUUUCCACACUUGUGCUUCUCUCUCCCACUCUCUUGUAGUCAGGCAUCAGGACAGGAGCCUGACAGCUCUGUGUGGGAGCAAGCAGGAAGUGCUAGGGAACACCAAAUAUUAUGUGAGCCUUAAGUAGGUUGAGCUGUGUGGGCUAAAUGGCCGAUACAUAUAUUGAAGUUGAUGAGGUUUUUGAUGGUUUGUUAGAAAUAAAUAAUUUCUUACAUUUUUAAAAUUAAGUAUUUUUCAGGCUGUAGCUGAGAGAAUUUGUAGGGUUGUACAAGUGCAAGUGGCUAUUUGUUCAUUGCCAUGAAAUUUUGCAAAGCUUAGAUGCCCCAUUGUGUGUUCUUAUUUCAGGAGCUGUAGGUAUGAUUUCCUACCAGUUCUUUGAAGGCAGGCUGAAUAGAGUUACUGCAGAGGUCACUUCAGAUUAGUCUGGCUCUAACCUGUUAGCUGCUAAGAUGCCAAUGCCUUUAUUUUGAAACAUGUUUAGAUUAAUGUCUUUAUUCAUGCCUGGACUAGCUGAUUCUCAACCACUUUGCAAGCAAACACUAACCAUCUCUGUCUGCAUUGUUCAGGAGUGCCUUCAGAUAAUUAGCACUCUGCUGUCUUGUUUUGACAUAAUCUGAGUAUGCUGUGUUUUGGAAUGAGUUUCCAAAUAGCACAUCCAGUCCAAGUAAGUUGUAACUCUCAAGUGAAACACUUUGUAAUUGCCUCCCAGAAACUUGCCAAGUUUAUGCUUUAAAGUGUACUCAGUCUCUAAUUCUUGUGUGGCUUGUUGGAGCCCAAUUAAACUCCCAGUCAUUCGUGCCCUUAGUGAAGUGUCUCUUACACAGUUACAAAAGAUUCAGUAAUGUGUUUUCAAUUUUACCUUACAGCAAGCUUGAUUUCAUUUUUCUCCUCAGUUCAGGCCUUAACUAUGGUUACUCAGUAGUCAGGAUUUUUCUUGACCUCAUUAUCUUGUGAACAGCCUGGUUGAUCUGAAGAUGUCACAGAUGACUGGGAGUUGAGUGACCCUGUUAGAGAGAGAAAGCUGGGGUCAGCAUCUGCCCUUAUCAGGUCUUACAAACACCUGCAAUGCAAGGUUUUUUCUUGUUGUAACGUUCUGUAUCUUUGAUUUGUGCCCCAAGGAAGAAAAGCUAGUGAGCAAGAAGAAAGCCAGAAGCAAAAGAUGCUGAAGGGGAUGAAAAAACAACUGAAACAUAUGUUGUCCCAGCCACUGUUUAAAGUCCUUAUGAAAACCAAGUACCCAACACAGUCUGGAAAACUACUCUUGCCUCAGACAUCAGAGAGCAUUUCAGCUCUAGGUGCCAUGUCCAAAAAGCAAGCCAAGAAGAAGAAAUCAAUAAAAUAAAAUUAGAUAACAGCAAGAUCAUCCAGUGUGAAAGAAGCAAGGACUAUCCUCAAUCAAGGCUGUCAGUGCUUUUGGAGGAUCCCAGCUAGAAGACAGAUUGUGUAAGGAUGUUGCCUGUGUAUUGGUUGUGCAGGCACAAAACAAAAUGCUGAUUUAAAGGGCUUAAUUAACAUCUGGUUAGUUACUGUUGAAUCUUGUCUUGGAUCUUGGUUUUUUAUGUUCUUAUUUUUUUUUUCACAAAUCUCUAUAUUAGUAGAAGUUAAUUAGUUUUCACAUAGUUUUGAUAAUUACUCCACUUUGUGAGAUGGGUAAGAGUUACUGAGUGGAAUUCACUGUGGGCAUACUCUAAUGGUAAAACUUGAUUUGAAUUUUAAUGUUUUUGAAGGACAGGGGAAGGUCAGCUAUAUACAGUGCAAGUACAGACUGAGCUGGUGGUAGUGGGAGGUUUGGCUUUUACUGCCUCCAGCUCAGUAUGGAAGGCAGAAAAUACAGAUUAUGUUACCAGCAAGUCUACAGUUGUGGUUAUGGAAAUGUCCCUGUUUUCUUUCUCCUCUGAUAAUAUUUCUGUUCUGUUCUCCACCAGGUUUAAUUCUCUUAGUCCUGUGUUAAUGCAUUUGCAUAUGCAAAAAAAGUUAGGGUGGCAAUGAGUCAGGACUGACUUUAGGAGAUGUGUGAAUUUCUGAGAAGUGUUGCUACUCAGUGUUUUUGUGAUUAAUAUUUGAAGUUAAGCCUGUAUUUGAAAACAUGUUAGAACCAUGAUCUUCACUAUAAUAGAGGAGAUGAUGUUUUGAAAUGUCACUUUUGAAGAUUGCUCCAUGAUAAUUGUGCUUUUAAAUAAUUCUAACCUGAUCUAAGCAAAUAUUUUUAAACUGUUUUUUAAAAUAUGUCAGAAAAAUAUAUUUUGAAUUUUUUUAAAAUUAUAUCUGCCAUAAACUUCAAA